CCCUUUUUCUUCCGUCUCGCUGCGGCGCUUCCAGACGCCAGUUCGCAUAAGGGACUCACUGUUCUAAGGACUGCAUCUAUCUGCGGCGCUGUCUUCUGUAUGACCGCCUGAUUUGUUUGCUUUCCAUCUUCGUCUGUGUUGACAAAGACGAGCGGAAAAUGGACGCUAGGACGUUAAUUACGCUUGUCGCCGUGUUAUGUACAGCGCAUGUCUGCGUGCAUGCGGAGGUCACCACCAGUACCUCACUGGCUCCUUGCAAUGAAGAUUCGGGGAUUCGUGUAAACACCACAGACCGACUACGAAGGCUUCGUCACUUGAUGAGGACAGCUAAUCUAUCUGGCUACAUCAUUCCAUCCGAGGAUGCGCACCAUAGCGAGUUCGUGCCCGAGUACACCAGAAGACUUCAGUUUAUUUCCGGAUUCUCCGGCUCCGCUGGCAUGGCUGUUGUUCUCCAGGAGCGCGCUGGUGCCUGGACGGACUCACGGUACACGGAACAGAUUGCGCUUCAAGUGGACUGCAACUGGAGGACACUGACUUCGGAUGACGUCAGCGUGCAAGACUUCAUCCGGGAAGAUGGCGUCGAGAAUACACUUCGAAUCGGUGUUGAUACUCGUCUCGUCACACAGAGUUGGUACGAAGAGACGAAACAGCAGUUCAGACGACGCAACAUCGAGUUAGUGGGAUCACCCGACAACCUGAUUGACGUUAUCUGGACGAUCGGUGUUGGGAGGCCCACGGAACCUUACUCCAGCAUUCAGGUUCAUGAGCUGAAAUACUCUGGUGAAACAUGGCAGAAUAAGACCAUGAGACUCCGUUCUAAGUUGUCGCAAGACCAUGCAGAUGCCAUUGUUAUAACUGCUCUUGACGAAAUCGCAUGGCUCUUUAAUCUACGCGGGAAGGAUGUUCCGCAUACACCUGUGUUCGAGUCGUUUGCUCUCGUCACCCAGCAGAACGCUAAGUUGUACAUAAAGCGUGGUUUAGAUCGGCUGGGGCCACGAGUCAAGAGACUGCUGAAUGCCAAUGGCUGCAACGAAACUUCAGACAAGUGUGUCAUGGUCCUAGACUACCGCGACGCUUACAGUGACAUUCCUUCGGGUGUGAACAACAUGUCCUGGGUUGUAGUCACUGCAUCGUGCAGCUACGCAUUAUGUGGAGCCAUACCCAAGGAGAAGCAACUGUUGAAAGAAUCCCCUCUGCUUUUGUUGAAAGCUAUAAAAAACAGCGUUGAAAUCGAAGGCAUGAAGCGCGCACACCUUAAAGACUGUGUAGCACAGGCUUCCAUGUAUUCUGCUUUGGAGAGAGACCUCUCACAGGGAAGAGAUUGGACGGAACUGAAAGUCGGCAAGAAACUGAAGGAGCUGAGAAAGGAGCAGACCUUAUACCAAGUCGACAGCUUUGAGACCAUUGCAGCGUCGGGACCAAACGCGGCCAAAGCCCAUUACCUUCCCACGGCUGCAACAGACAGGAAGGUGUCCAAGGAGGAUAUGCUUCUUGUCGAUACUGGGGGGCAGUACCUGGACGGCACAGUGGACAUUACGCGUACAUGGCAUUUUGGAGAUCCAACGCAUUUCCAGAAGGAAGCCUAUACAAGGGUCCUCAUGGGUGUGAUCAAUCUCUUCAGUUUUGUGUUUCGAUAUGGCAUUACCGACGCCCAAUUGGAUGUCAUUGCACGGGCACCCUUGUUUGAUGUUGGGCUGAUGUACGGCCACGGGACAGGUCAUGGCAUUGGGUCCUACCUUGGAGUGCAUGACGGUCCACCACGCAUUACCUACAGUGCCGCGAAGCGUGGCAUGCCUCUAUCGUCCGGAAUGUUCUUCUCCAUAGAGCCGGGUUACUACAGGGCGAAAGAAAUGGGCAUAAGGCUUGAAACGACUGCUAUGGUUGUUGAAGCGAGGACGAAGUAUGCUGCGGAUACGGAGCUUUACCUGAAGCUGGAACCUGUGGCAUUCCUACCUUUCGACAGUAAUCUCAUUCUACGAGACAUGUUGACUCCCAAACAGGUAAACUGGCUGAACAAAUACAACGAGAACAUCAUGCUUCACCUGGGGAAAGAGCUUGCCGCCCAAAAGAGAUUCGACGCUGUCGAAUGGCUAAGGCGGCGGGUGUUCGUCGUCGACCAACCAAAGUGCAGCGGCGCCGCCGACGCAAUUGAAAAUUCCGCUUGCGGUAUCUUGCUCUAUACGAUAAUUUAUUAUGCGAUCCAUGCUGCACUCAUUGCCGCUUAGAACGUACGGGGACGUCGAAAGCGAUAGAGCAUCGUUGUUUGUUUCGAUGUUGCGAGGGCACCCUGCUACAUUCGGAAGACGUUAUGUAGUUACACGUAAGCAGGGGAGUCCUGACAGGAAGCACCUGGGCCACUAAGGCCUCGGGAUGCACCUUGUAAAAUAGCAGGAUGUCUGUUUACCUUUCAUGUGCUGGGUUUCGGUGAAGGAUAAACGCUGCCCUAUACCGAUGCGGUCCGAAAUACGAGUCGAGUAGUCAUACGUGCGGACAAUCCUGCUAUUUCAUAAGACGUUACUGAUGUGAAGGAAUGUAAGAGCUGACACGAUGUUCAGGAGGAAGCUUAUCCUUCAACCACUGCCAAAUGUUUACGGUUUCCUGUUCUUUAACAAGUGCUGUAUAGUGAACUGUGUGCCAACUGGGUGUAUAGUGCUCGUCCAAAAGUCUUUAUGUUAAUGUUUCUUCUUGGGCAUUUCCUUUUGAAGUCGAACGUGUACUUCUCCUGUUUACGCUAUUUAACGCUGCGGGUAAAACAACACGAGAGUAUAUCGACUACACAUUUUACGCCAAUAUGUUAUCACUUUGGCAUUCGGUCGACGCGUUUUAAAUAGGCAGAAGGUGUGAAGAGUUUCAUAAUAACUGAAGGGCGUGGUAGGAUUGAUUAGAGAUGCAGCGCGUGCAGUGAUGCAACGCCAUGCGUGUCUCAAUUCAAUCCCUGGCAGCCUUGUUCCUUCUCUCCCGUUUUAAAGUGUUAGAUGAAGUGCUAACGUCCCUGUAGUUAUGCGGUUUGUUGUUGCUCUCGAUUUCCACUGUGUUAUUUUUAUUGCUGUUCUAGAUGACAACAUCCUAACCAGCUUACCAUGAUUACAAGAAAGACCACGUCCAGUUACAAUGCUGUGCAGGAAAGCGAGGAAACACGUUUAAAACGUGACACGGAAUGUAUAUUAACGAACAAUUUGACGUGUUCCUGAUACAACUGUGAAGGGCAUAGCAUAAAAAGCUUGCAUGUCUUUCUGUGUCAUUGCCGUCCGCAUUUUCUACAGGUAAACGUGGUACUGAAAUGGAGGAUUAUUUAGUAUAGCGGAUUUGGUAUAGUAUAGCUUGAACCCGACUGAACACCGCAGCAACCUGGAUCCAGCGCGGGCGCGGCUGUCGUCCGACAAGAUGUCCAGAUGUACGGGUUCACUGCGCGGACGACGCUUGCGUUUGACCAAUGUGUCCUCACUGCCUUUGGUCACCAACACUGCGCCGAGCACCCCACUCUGACGCUGAAACGGAGCGCUAACAGCACGCUUGCGCAAGGCAUCUUCGCUCAUUGGUCAGUCGCAUAGCCUCGUGUCUCCGACACAACCAGGACUCUGCUUUAUAGGCAAUCUCGUGCGAUCUCUUGCGUAGCGGAUGCGUUUCGGUUCGCAGUGCUUCCUUGCUAGCGUACAGCGCCGCAUCCGUAACGCAUGAAAAAGUGUGUUAACAUCCCAAGCAGCACAACAUCUUGGCCCAAUAUUGAACCAGUAUUGGCAAUGCUAGCCCAAUAUUGGGUCAAUAUCGCCGAUACUGGUCCAGUAUUGGGGCAAAGAUGUUGUGCUGCUUGGGAUACAGCGUCAGACAAGACUUCGUGUGCUCUCAAUGCACUUAUCCUCAGAUGGGCAAGAACUGACCGGGCGUCGCUCAUGUUCAAUUGACCAGCAACCAAAGCUGAUUAUUAUUUUGCCCGUAUAGUGAAAUGUUUUAUGCUGGGGCAAAUAUGACUGCGUUUGGAGAUAAUAAAGAUUUUAAUGCGAGA